AUGAAUUCGGUCUUAUUAGGAUUGAUAUUGUCUGCUUGCGUUGUCUUCAGUGCUACCACUGACACAUCUGACUACUCCUGUGAUGAGGCAGGAUAUCUUAAUUAUCUAAGUGCGUGGACUGCUACUGAGAAGACCACGUCUCGUGAUUCAACUUCUGCGGAAUUCAAACAGCGUCUGGAGUACUUCGUUGACUCUUGCGAAAAGAUUCAUGAAUGGAACCUUCGCAAUAAGUAUCAUAUGGAGUUCACGUUUUAUGCUGAUUGGCAUGCUGAUGAAUUCGAUAUGUUGUCUGUUACCGAACAGAGAUAUUCUGGAUUGAAACCCGAGAUUCCUUCCACGACCCCGGUUCUUAACAACUCCAACUGGAGACACUUGCUGCCUCUCACUAAUCCUUGUGAUGACGUGUUUGAUGGGCAGGAGAAUAUGCUGCACGAGGUUAUUGGAAGACCGCAGAACUGCUCUGUUUCUUGGGCUUUUGCUAUUACCGACUCCAUCGAGUUUGCUAUUAAGAAGUUGUAUUUGGAAACCUAUGACCAGAUUGUGGAUGUCGCCCUUUCUGCUCAGGAAUUGAUUGAUUGCGUUGCCAAGGACCACGGUAUUCAGGGAAAUCGCUGCACCGCUGUUCCUCUCGUGUGGGGUUUUGAUUACGUUUUCGAGAACGGUAUUGCUUACCGCCAGUUCUACCCCCACACCAAUAUGGAGGCUGAUACCUGCAAUAUGGUGGAGGACUACCAGAAGUAUCACAUUGCUGGAUAUGAGAAGCCCCAUGUGUACAAUAAGCUGGGUCUGUUCGAAAUGCUGCUGAAGGGACCUACUGCCGUUGCCUUGGGUCUGGAUCCGGAGUACUUCCAGUAUUAUCGCAGCGACGCUGAGGAGGGUCCUUUCUUCAACACUGCCUAUUGGAGACCUUCGGUGUACGGUGUGGUUGUGGAGUACAAGCAGUAUGCUGUCGAUGGUGAGUCCGAGCUGGCUCAGUGGCCGUUCUUCGCUGUGGAGACCAGACUGCGUGCUUGCGAUUCGUUCAUUUUCCGUCUGCCCAUUUUAGAAUCGACGGGUGACGGAAACAUUGCUGGUAUCGCUGGAUUCGCUAUUCGUCCCAUUGUUAACGAGAUGAUCUCCUCGGGCACUGAGGCUCCUACUACCGUUGCUCCUACUACUGCUGCUCCUACCACUGUGGCUCCUACCACUGUGGCACCCACUACUAUUGCUCCUACUACCGUUGCUCCUACUACCGUUGCUCCUACUACUGUGGCUCCUACCACUGUGGCACCCACUACUAUUGCUCCUACUACCGUUGCUCCUACUACUGUGGCACCCACCACUGUGGCACCCACCACUGUGGCACCCACUACUGAGGCGCCUACCACCGUUGCUCCUACUACUGUGGCUCCUACCACUGUCGUUCCUACCACUGAGGCCCCUGUUGUGCCCACUACUGAGGCUCCUACCACCGAGGCUCCCGUUGUUCCUACUACCGAGGCCCCUGUCGUGCCCACUACUGAAACCCCUGUGAUUCCCACUACCGAAGCCCCCGCUGUGCCCACCACUGAGACCCCUGUUGUGCCCACUACCGAAGCUCCUGUGGUUCCUACCACCGAGGCCCCUGUGAUUCCCACCACCGAAGCUCCUGUCGUGCCCACUACUGAGACCCCCGUUAUGCCCACCACCGAGGCUCCUGUCAUUCCUACUACCGAGAUUCCCACUACUGAGGCUCCUGUGGUUCCUACCACCGAAGCUCCUGUUGUGCCCACUACCGAAGCUCCCACUGUGGCUCCUACUGUUGAUACCACCACUGCGGCUCCUACCGUGGCUCCCACCACCGUAGCCCCUACCACUGAGGCUCCCAUUGUUCCCACCACUGAGGCUCCUAUUGUUCCCACUACUGAGGCUCCCAUCGUGCCCACUACUGAGGCUCCUAUUGUACCCACUACUGAGGCUCCUAUUGUACCCACUACUGAGGCUCCCAUUGUUCCCACUACUGAGGCUCCUAUUGUACCCACUACUGAGGCUCCUAUUGUUCCCACUACUGAGGCUCCCAUUGUACCCACUACUGAGGCUCCCAUUGUUCCCACUACUGAGGCUCCCAUUGUUCCCACCACUGAGGCUCCUAUUGUUCCCACCACCGAGGCCCCCAUUGUUCCCACUUCGGAGCCCACUGUGAAGCCCACCAGCUUCAUUCCUCCCACCACCGAGGCCCCUAUGGUGCCUACGACUGAGGGCCCCGCUGUGCCCACCACGGAGCUUCCCACCACAAUCCCUGGCCCUGUGACGGUCUACGCCAGCGAGACCGAAUUCGCCACCCUUGAGGAGAUUCGUAACGAUGUCGAGAUCCUGGUGUUCAUCAUUGACUCCUACCCGGAUAUGAUCGAAGUGAAUCUGAGCGGGUUCACGAAUCUGACUACUCUGGUGUUCGAGUCUGGCUCCUUCAAGAACGCGCAGUCGGUGAUCAUUGAAUCGUCCACGGUGACCCAUAUCGCUUUCCGUUCCAACACGUUCUACGGAGACUCUGUGGAUGGCUCGCUCACUCUGCACACUCCCAUGCUGCAGGAAGUGAUUUUUGACGCCAACUCCCUUCACUUCAUGCACUCCGUUCAUUUGAGAGGAUUGGGUGCUCCGAUCCAGUAUUACGUGUACAACGGAGCUCUCGCCAACGUGGAUACCAUUUACUACAUGAAUACGUACUCUGGUUAUGCUAAGGCGAUGGCCGAUGCUAUUUAUGCUUCGGGACAUGCGGAGCUUAUCAAUAUUAUCGAAGAAUCGGUAACGCCUUCUCCCUAA